CCGGGGAUGGGGACGCCGGAGAGGGGGCACCAGGGCGGAGGCAUCGGAUCCCCCAGGGUCCUCCGGGGCCGUUACGGGUCCCCCGUUACCGGUAACGGGGCUGUCGGCACCGUGCCGGGAUCUGGGUGCCGGCACAGCCCCGGUGCUUUCCGUCCCGUUCCAGGGCUGAGGGGCACAGGGAGACUAACUGAGGGUUGGGCGAGCCGCUGGACGGACGGACACACACCCCCCAGGCGGGGGAGGGGGUUGCCCAGCCCGCUGGGGGCCGGGACCGGGGGCGGACCAGGGCGGGGGGGGCGGUGCUGCCCGCCCCGGGGGCGGUGGGGUUCCCGGUGGCGGCUCUGACAGCGGAGCGGUCCCAGUGGGCGGUGGAGGCAGCACCGACCGCCCCCUGCCCGGCCAUGUCGGAGCCCGGCGGCCCCGCGGCCGGCGACAAAGCGCCCCGGCUCCAGGACCGCGUCCUGGGCGGGGUGCGCUGGGGCCGCCUCCAGGAACCCCUGGGCUUCGUCAAGGUGCUGGAAUGGCUCUUUGCCAUCUUCGCCUUCGGGGCCUGCGGCUCCUUCAGCGGCGAGACCGGGGCGACAGUGAAAUGUGACAGUGAAACCAAAGAGAUGAGCGUCAUUUCCAUCCAGUUCGGGUACCCCUUCAGGUUAUACCAGAUCCCCUUCGAGAUGCCGGACUGCGAGGGGGAGGCGGAGACCCGCACCCUGCACCUCGUCGGCGAUUUCUCCGCUCCUGCCGAAUUUUUCGUGACCCUGGGGGUCUUCUCCUUCCUCUACACCAUGGCAGCUCUGGUGCUUUACCUGCGCUUUCAUUCCCUCUACGGCGAAAAUAAGAAGCUCCCCAUUGCGGAUUUCUGCAUCACCGUCUGCUUCGCCUUCUUCUGGCUGGUGGCGGCGGCGGCGUGGGGCAAGGGGCUCUCCGAUGUGAAGGCGGCCACGUGGCCCGCCAGCCUCAUCGCCACCAUGGCGGUCUGCCAGGGCCAGGAGGUGGUCUGCAACGCCGGCGCCACGCCGGCCAUGGGGCUGGCCAACAUCUCCGUGACGUGUGCUGGGUUCCUGAGCUCAGCCGGGAGAGGGCAGUGGAAGCAUGCACACAUGCGAUCCAUGGCACCAACUCCCACUGGUCCCACGGGACGUCGGACCAUUCCUGCACCCCCACAGGAUCCCCCCCAGCCACAGGGGACCCCCACAGCCGGGCUCUUCGGCUUCAUCAACUUCCUGCUGUGGGCCGGGAACUGCUGGUUCGUGCUGAAGGAGACGCCGUGGCAGGCGCAGGCUGCGCCCCGCGACAGCGCCGCCGAGCAGGGUGCCAUCGACAAGCAGUAGCCGCCCCCCGGGGGGUCCCACCUGUCCCCCGGGACCUCGCGCCGGCCGCCAGCCCGGGGACGGGGUGUCGCUGGCCCCGGGGUCGGAGACGCGGGGGGUAUGGAUGCUAUAGGGGAGGGAUCAGGGGGCAUUAACCGCUGCUGCCUGGCUGUAUAUAGGGGUCUGCGUAACCCCGGGGGUCCCGUUCUGUAUAGGGGGGCUGUAUGUGUAACCCCGGGGUGUCCACGUCUGUGCGAGGGGCGUAUAAAAGUCCUGGGUACCAGUGCUAUAUAGGGGUGCCUAUAGC